AUGGAGGAAUAUGUGGCAGAGGGCCUGGCAACUCAGUGUCGAGAGGAACUCGUUGGAGACGAGCAACGGUCCAGUUGGGGAUCUUCAUCGGCAAAGAAUUUUCGGGAGACCUCACGUGGGAACGGUGGCGCAACCUCGGUGUUGAACGCUGAAAUGGAUCGUGUUUCCGCAGGGCUGGAGACGCGCCUCAGGGCCUCAGGGCGAUCCAGAGUGGAGCUCUGCCCAGAGCUUUUACUGGGAGGGGAUCGUCCUCUAGUAGUAUUUCGGAGUUACAAUGGAGAUCGAGUGUCCUCUGUGGACUUUCAGAGAAAUAACAAAAACCUGGAAGUGUCUAAAUCUCAGCUGAUGAACAAUUUGAUCAAUGACCGUCACGACACCUUCUUCCACAGAAACUUUAAAGGAAACAGCCAGUCUUGCUGUUUGAUGGAUGGUGUGGCAGAGAUUGCCUGUUAUGGUGAAAAGUGGUCUGAGGUCUUGGCUUUGAAGAACAAACAUGACAAAGCAGAUCUGUUAUCAAAAACACAAACUGAGCUUGAUGACAUAUCAAAAAAACUUCAGUCUGCAACUUUUCGUUUGGAGCACAUCUUCAGAGAAAUGGGACAGAUCUAUGAAGCCCAUAAAACAACACACAGAGAGAGCAGACACACUGACUGGUCUGAAUACCCUGAGCUGGCUGCACAGCUGAUGAUAUCAGGACACCCGAUGGAGCUGAUGGAUGGUGAUGCAGGUCAUGUGCCUUUAACAUGGAUCUCCAGUCUUUUAGAAGAAGUCAUCAACAAACUGGGGGACCAGAGAGUUUUUGUGUUGUCAGUUUUGGGCCUACAAAGCAGUGGAAAAUCAACAAUGCUGAACACCAUGUUUGGGCUGCAGUUUGCAGUGAGUGCUGGCAGGUGCACCAAAGGUGCCUUCAUGCAGCUGCUCAAAGUAUCAGAGGAGAUGAAGAAAGACUUGAAGUUUGACUAUGUUCUAGUGGUGGACACUGAAGGACUGCGUGCUCUUGAGUUAGAAGGUAACAACACUCUUCAUCAUGACAAUGAACUGGCAACAUUUGUUGUUGGUCUGGGAAACCUGACACUGAUCAACAUCUUUGGAGAUAAUCCAUGUGAGAUGCAAGACAUUCUGCAGAUUGUUGUUCAGGCUUUCAUGAGGAUGAAGGAAGUGAAACUUUCUCCCAGUUGUGUGUUUGUUCACCAGAAUGUCACAGAUGUUGCAGCAGCAGAGAAAAACAUGGAUGGAAAGAGACGCCUGCAGGAAAAACUGGACCUGAUGGCCAAACUAGCAGCCAAAGAGGAAGUUUGUAAUGCAGAGUGCUUCAGUGAUGUCAUUGAAUUUGAUGUUCAGAAAGAUGUGAAAUACUGUGCCCAGCUAUGGGAGGGCAGUCCACCCAUGGCUCCUCCAAAUCCAGGUUACAGUGAGAGCAUCCAGGAAGUGAAGAACACCAUCCUCUCUAAAGCUGCAAAGUCUGCUGGGAUCACUCUUUCACAGUUCAAAACAAACAUCCAGGACCUGUGGACUGCACUGCUGACUGAAAGUUUUGUUUUCAGUUUUAAAAACACACUUGAAAUUGCAGUGUACAGAAAACUGGAAGUCCAGUAUGGGAACUGGACCUGGACCCUGAGAAGCAACAUGUUGACCAUUGAAAACCAACUUCAUAACAGAAUUGAAAAUGGAAAACUUGAUGAGGUUGAACAAUCUUAUAUUUUUAAAGAAAUAAGGAAAGCAUAUGAAGAAGUCAUAAAAGAAAUGACAAAGUACUUUGAGGAUGACAAAGACAGAGAGAUCUUGACUCAGUGGAGAGGACGAUUUGAAAUCAAAAUUAAAGAGUUUCAUGAUGAACAGGUGAACAAAGUGAAAAGAAAACUGCAUGGAGUUAUCCAACAGAGGAAAGCUCGUAAAAUCAUUGAUGAUAAGAAAUCAGAGUUUGAGAACAAACUGCUACAGAAGAGCAAAGAGCUCGCUCAGAAACUGAAGGAUAAAGCCAAAGAUGAAGAAGAGCUUCAACGACAGUUCAGCUCUUUUUGGAGUGGCUGGGUUACUGAAUUAACAGCAGAUAUAAAACCUGCUGAAGAAAUUAACUUGGAAAAAGAUCAGUUUAUAAUCCUAAAAGAACUUGGUUUUGAGCCAGCUCUCAUAGAUAAAUGUAAAAGAAGUGGCAGAUACAAGAAAAUAUUAACGCUUGGUGAUUAUUGGGAUUAUAUCAUUACAAGUGGACAAAAAUAUCUCAGAACAUUAGCUAAUAUUUAUCAAAAAUACACAUCACUUGGUGCUUUCUCUUAUGAAGAGCAACAACAGAUCCGUUGGCUCAUUAGCAAAGCUGAAAAAGACUCACUUGAUGCAAUCAAAAGCAAACCUGUAGUUACAAGAGGCUACUCAACAACUUAUUUGUGUGAAAUGGCCAAUCACGUAAAAAUAGAAUUCCAGAAAUUUCAGUCAGAGAAGAAAUACACCUUGAGGAAAGAAUUUAGAGUUGAUCUCUUGCUGUAUGUGUUCUACAGAGCAGAAAGUUGGCUUGAGGAGUCACACAAGAAAUCUAAAAUGAAUAAUGAUCCACUCACUUAUUUAGAAAGCAAGAAAACACAGUAUUACACAACUUUUAGAAGCUUUUGUAAAGAAAACUCAUCUGCUGUUGUGCUUGGAGAACUGAUCUGUGAGAAGCUGAAAGCGUCCACUCUUGAGGCUGUCUGUAACAAGACUGCCAUUGAUCUCGCUGGAAAGAUGAGGUGUAAUUUCCCAGCAUUCAAUGGGAACAGACUGAACUUGGAGAAACAUAUGUUGAAGUCGCUCGCUGAGAAAGAAGACUUUGACGAUUUCAUCCUGUACAUCACAGAUCCAAGGAGACAAACAGAAGCUUUCAUCAAAACAGAGGUUGAGAAGCACAUCUUCAAAGAUCACACAGAUGUAGCUGUGAAUGUACUCAAGAAAAAUGUUGAUGACAUCAAAACAACCUUGAGUCAGGCUUUAUUUACUGCAACACAAAAGGUCAAAAAUCAGAGAGGAAACACAGACAUGUGGAUGAAGGAAUUUUCUAAUGUCCUAAAGCAUGAGCUGAAAUUUGACAACAUUUGUUUUGAAAACUUCAGUGACAUAAAUGAUUUGUAUUUCCUCAAUGAAGAGAUUAAAAAAGGAGUUAUAUCCAUCACUGAGCAGAUGAGCAGCCUCUCCCUGGAUAAGCUGAAGGAAUUCAGACUGAGGGCUGAUGAAAUCCUCAUAGAUCAGCUUUGUAACUGCUGCUGGGUAAAGUGUCCAUUCUGUGCAGCUGUUUGUACGAACACCAUGAAAGAUCACGGUCCUUAUGACCACAGCACUCCUUUUCAUCGUCCCUCCGUGAUCAGUGAGGAGCACUGGAGACAUACAGGCGAGUUUGGCAUGCACUUCUGUGCAGAACUGGUUUCAAGUAAUUACUGGUUUUACCCUCAUCAUUACUCAGGGAAGUCCAUUCCGUGUAAACAGUACAAAAGUGCUGGCUCACAGUAUUGUACCUGGAGAAUCACCCCUAAUGGAUCUAAUCUGGCAUACUGGAAAUGGUUUGUGUGUCGAUUUCAGCAUGAACUCGAGAGGCACUAUAACUUUAAAUUCCAGGGCAGACGAGAGAUUCCUCAUCAGUGGAAAACAGUCUCUAAAUAUGAUGCCAUUAAAAGUCUGGGUGAAAUGUAUUGA